AUGUGCGUGGAUUUGUCCGGCUUCACCGAGUUCCACAUUGACGACGACAGCUGGGCGCUUAAUGCCAUAAAGACUCGCCUAGUAUCCUUCUAUACGCCUGUUAUCCACAUCGAAGUGGCUCUCCAUAGACGAUGUAAUCGCUGGUACAUCGUCUAUUCCCGUGCAUACGGCAUGGCGGAUGGCUGGGAGCUCUUCGCUCCUCUGAACCAACCUCAACCAUCCAAUUCCAGCACCGCACUCCCAAAACAAGAUUUACACCACCGAUUCUGGUUACGCGAACGCCCCAACACUGCGCUGGAGGAUUUGCUGGCGGCGACACCGCCAAUCUUGAAGGCCACGAGUACAACGAGAAUAAUGGUGAAAGUAGAGAAUAAGGAAAAUGAGGUUUUACUCGGCGACGGACAGCUGAGUCAAAGACAUGGAUAUUGUGGGUGCUGGGAGUAUUCAUAUCCCGGCGAAACCAGAUACGAGAAGGCCACGCAAAGGGAAGACGACAGGAUAUACUGCUGUGGUAUGAGUGUCUGA